UGGAUGCGGACUAUAGUUGUCCGGAAAACAUGCCUGUGUCGAUAAAGAAACAAAAUGUCUGUUCCUUGAAAAAUAUGUGUCCAAGAACUGGACAUGCCAACACAUUUUUUAAAGGUUGUAGAACAGUUUUAAAGUGAUACAGAAAAAUCCAGCUUCUCCAUCGCCAGGGAUCGUUGAAAUGCACGAUUUUGAGUCUAUCGUCUGAUCUUCACUCCGGAGCAGAAGGUGGCGGUAAUGUACCAAUUACCUGGAUGCCAACCACCGUCAAACAAGAAGAACAGUAACAGAAACAAUAUUCUGUAGAAUUGAGUAACACUACACUUCAGAAAACACUGCUGUUGUCACAAAUGGAUUUAAACAAAACGCCUGCUAAGGUUCAAAGUGAGCGUGCAUGCUUGUGUGUUCUCUGCGGUUUACCGGCAUCAGGAAAAUCAACACUCGCUCAGGCUGUCAAGACUCUGACUGGUCAGCAACACUGGAGAUCAUCGGUUAUAUCUUAUGAUAAUCUGAUUCCAGAUUAUGCUUUUCAUUCAAAAACAGUCGAAGGUUAUGAAGACAUGGUACAGAGGCAAACCAAAUGGAGGUUGUACAGGCAAGCAAUUCUACAAUGUGUCGAGCAUAUCCUGCAGAAUCCUCAAGCCUUGGAGCUGCCACCCACCACCUGCCAGAUCAACAGUUUUGCUUUGAGACAAUGUGUUUAUGCGGUAAGGGCUACAGAGCCUAAGACCCACCAAACACCACUCAUCCUUCUACUGGAUGACAACUUCUACUACCGAAGCAUGAGAUAUGAAGUGUAUCAACUGGCAAGAAAGUACUCUAUUGGAUUUUGUCAGGUGUAUCUGCACAGUCCAGUGGAAUCCUGCAUAGACAGAAACCAAAGACGACUCCAGGCCUUACCCAAUGAAGUAAUUGUUGCGAUGGCCCAGCGCAUGGAGCCUCCCAAUCCUGAGAAGAAUCCAUGGGAGCAGAGCAGCAUCUCACUGGACACCAAAGACAGCUUCACAGACAAGGCCUUACAGAGGUUGAAGGAGCUUAUCUCUAUAGCUUUGGACAACCCACUGAGCCCAGUUCAGGACAACACAGAACAGAAGGUGGCAGAUAGUCUAAUCUGUGCCAACAGUGUGGUUCAUCAAGCUGACCAGGCUUGUCGACACCGGGUAUCUCAGGCCAUGCAGAAGGCAAGAGAGAACAAGAUGUCUCCAGAUCAUAUGAGGUCUCUAGCAGCAGAGCUGAAUAAAGCAAAGACAACAUUUCUUCAAAACCUGCGAAAGAAAGUUCUUCAAGACAUACCUAUUACCCCACGGGAAACCAUAGAUGGAGAGAGUGUGGCAAAAAGAGCAUUGGAUGUUUUUGAUCAAGAUACAAAGGAAAUCAUGGCAAGAUUCCUUCUGAUUUAAACAAAUACCACUGGAAAAGUAUUGAAACCCCAUCAUUGAUAAUUAUUAGUUUAUGAUGUAGUGUUUAUAUGUACAACAUCUCAAAUACAACAUACAGAAGAUGCCUGUUUCGUAGGUACCACAAGAAUACAUUUACAGAGUGGUGUGUAAGAGCAGUAACUGCAGAAAACAGCAAAUAUGACCUACAACUGUUGGCUAUUCUUUUUUUUAUACUUGUAAAUAUAUACAUACAUAUACACACACUUAUGGAGGACCAAACCUGCCAUAUUUACAAAUGAAUGAAUAAAUAAAUGUCAACAUCCAUGCAUUUAGACAGAAAUAAAUGAAUAUAUAUAUUAAUUAAUGCACAAUUGUCAAUCAAUAGUUACAUAUAUUUUACAUUUAUGUAUGUAUUUAUUUUUGUAUUCAUUUUACUUAUUUAUUCAUUUAUUCAUUCAUUCAUGGUUCCCAAUAUGAUAAUGAGGAGGCCAGUAGGCGUGGAAACUGACGUUCAGACAUUGCAAUCAAUCCAGAACCAUAGAUUCAAUCUAGCUAACGCCUGGGACACACUGGCUGCAAAGCGCCUUGAAGCUAGCCUGGCUCUGCCCUCCUACAUAC